GUUCAAAAAUUUAUAUCGUCUCAUCUUCUUUCAAUCACUUUUUUGGUUCAUUAUUCCAAAGAAAUCGUUUCAUUUUCAGAUUUAUAACAACGCAUAAAUUCUUUCAAAUGAUAUGGUAUUUUGGAAACGAUUAAAUUGGCGUUUUAUCCGAAAUUUUGGUUACUUCUACUGUGCAUCAUAUACUGUUGGUCGUCACAUCGGUGAAUUAGUGAUAUGCUCCGGACCAUCGAUGCAUCCAACAAUACAGGAUGGUGAUCUGGUGAUUGCUGAGCGACUUAGUGUUAAUCUGCGUAACUUACAUCGUGGCGAUAUUGUCGGCGCUUUGGCACCCCAUGAUUCAAGUGAAAUGCUUUGCAAACGCCUAACAGCUAAGGAGCACGACAUAGUGACAAAUUGCUAUUUGUUACCGAAUGGGAAGAUUCCACGGGGGCAUGUAUACUUGGAAGGUGAUAAUACAGUGGCUUCUACUGACUCUCGGGUUUUUGGUCCAGUACCGGCCGGCCUUGUACAGGUUCGUCUUAUACUCAGGAUAUGGCCGUUGUCAAGGGCUGGAUGGAUAUCGACACACUGGUUCUGGGAGAAACCAAACGAGUAACUGAUGUGAUUGUUUAGGUUUUUUUGAGACCUUUAGAAAAAU